AUGGCCCAUGCGUAUAUGAUGGGAAUGGCAGAGCGUGAGCGCCGCAUAAGACGCUCGCAACUGAGGAGGUCCCAUCUACGCAAACACUCCAACCCCUGGGACAUCCCAGAAGGGGAAUUUGUAGCCAACUACCGCCUGUCUUUGCCGCUGUUCCAGCAACUAGUCGACGAACUCGCGCCAUAUUUGCGGCCAAAGCAGAGAUCGACAGGUAUCUCUACAGAGCUGAAAAUCAUGGCUGCGUUAGAUUUCUAUGCUGGUGGCAGCUACCAGAGACGGGUUGGUAAAGAUUAUAAUUUGGGGCUCUGCCAAACUGCCGUCCACAAGUGUGUGGCCGAAGUGACCGAUGCCCUCAACCAGUCAGAAGUGUUACUGCGGCAUAUAAAAUUCCCCAGUAGCACUGAAGAGAGGAGGACUAUUUUAAAGGGAUUCAUGGACGUUUUUGGCUUCCCAGGUGUGGUCGGAUGUAUUGAUGGUACCCACAUAGCUAUCAUACGGCCCCACCUGAAUGAGGAAGCCUUUUUUAAUAGGAAGCAUUAUCACUCACUAAAUGCAUUGAUUAUAUGUGAUGUGAAUCUCAACAUUUUACAUGUUGAUGCUUCCUAUGGGGGAGCGUGCCAUGACUCACAUGUGUGGAACCGCAGCGCUUUGGAGGCUCACAUGCAGAGUCUCAAUGAAGCAGGUGAAGCUUGCUGGCUGUUAGGAGACUCCGGAUAUGCCCAGCGGAAUUGGAUGAUGACUCCAAUUUUAAGGACAGCUCCAGAUUCCCCAGAGUCAAACUACACGGACAACCACACCAGCACUCGCAACACGGUUGAGCGAUGUAUUGGGGUUUUAAAGGCUAGGUGGCGGUGUCUUUUGGCUCACAGGACGUUGCACUACGAUCCUAUUAAGGCGGGUAAAAUCGUCAAUGCAUGCAUUGUAUUGCACAACAUGUGCAAUAAUGCACGUCUUGACGUCCCCGCCUUAGAUGAGUAUGACCGUAGAAGAGACGGUCAAAGACAACCUCGACAGCCAGCAUAUGCUCAGGAUGUAGUCGCUUCGAGACAGGCGCUUGUCGAAAGAUUGUGGAGGGAUCGUCGCCGCCGCCGAUAA